AUGUCAGCUGAUAGACCAGGCAAAUUAGAAAGAAAUGCUGCUAAAAGAGACCAAGAAUUUUUAGCAUUGAUAGCUAUUAGUACAGUAAUUCAGACAAAUAAAGAGCAAUUCCUUGCCCAACUUCGUUCUCAUCAAAGUUGUGUUACUUCAAAAAUUAAGAAAGCAAUUUACUCUGUUUAUGGUGCUUUAUUAUUAGACCGACUCGAUCCUAAUUCAUCUACAAAG